CUGGGCAACAAAGCGAGACUCUGUCUCAAAAAAAAAAAAAAAGUAGAAGUUUGUAUGUUAUGGCACAUUUUUUAUAAGGAUAAUCUUCGUACAGGCUUCAAAUUUAGCUCUUUUUUGAAUAUUCGCUAGUUCAUGAGAAGUGGUUUGGGAAACCCUUGAAAGAUUCAUUUUACUACAAAAAGGAACAGACCUUCUGCAGUCUGAAGGGAUUUGUACUCGACUGUAUCCAGUAAGCAGAGGAUUAUGUUGAGCAUUCUGUAGACAGAAUUGUUUCAAGUGUGCAGCUGCCUGGGAAACUUUAACGCAGUUGAGCCCGGCUUCCAGCCAGCUAUUGAACCACUUUCUUCAUAGCAGUGCAUGUGAAAACCAGGCCAAUUCAUGGGUCGGCAGGGCCACACGGCUGAGCCAACAGGACUUCUUGAAACCUAUGGCAUCUAGCACCAAUGGAAUGAGGCAUGUGGCAUUUCAGAAUUUGAGAACUAGGGUGGAGUUGCCAUUGUGUGUGGGUUGGUUGGGGACGUGGAAUAGGAUGUGGAGGAGGCAGGCAGAGAUCUACAUGCACAGACUGAGUUGGAGCUGCCUCAGGUGGUCAAGGGCAGCCAUUAAGUGGGUGAGUUAAGUGGGUGACUGGACAUGGGAGGCUGGGGUUCAGGGGGAGGUUGUGGAGGCUGUAGGCUCAGUGUCUCCAGGGCACAACAGGAAUUCUAGCAGGAAGCUGGAGGACAGGUGGGUUCCGAGGCACAGCACUGGGAGGUGGGACUAGAGGCCAGCAAAGGAGGUGAGGACAUGGGUGGGAGCCCCCAAGAGGCCCUGGCAGCAGAGUCUAGGGCAGACUGAAACCAAGAAGGGCACUCCUGGGGACUGGCUGUGGGGCUCUGGGUGACCUUGACAUGCAUGUGUGGGUGAGGGGGCACUUUAGGAGUGCCAAAAGCCUCACAAAUAGUAUUGAGAGGAGCCAUAAGGAGGCAGUUGGCCAGGGAAGGUGGUUUUGAUCUAUUUUAAUUUUUUCAUUAUGAUGAAAUAUAAAAUUCACCAUUUUAACCACUUUUAAGUGUACAGUUCAGUGGCAUUAACUGCAUCUACAGUGUUGAGUGACCAUCAGCACUGUCCACCUCCAGAACUUGUCCUUGUUCCCAAACUCCGCAUCCAUUAAACACUUACCAUUCCUCCUCCCCGUCCCUUGGCAACCAUUGUUUAACUUCUAUCUCUGUGAAUUUGACUACUCUAAGCACUUCAUAUAAAUGGAAUCAUACAGUAUUUGUCUUUUUUUUUCCAGUGACGGUCUCACACUGUCACCCAGAGUGGUGUGCAGUGGCUGGAUCAUAUAGCUCCUGGGCACAGCCUCGAGCUCCCAAGUCGCUGGGACUAUGGGCACAUGCCACCACGCCUGGCCUGUGUUUGUCAUUUGUGACUGGCUUAUUUCACUCAGCAUGACGUCCUCCAGCUUCAUCCCUAUUGUAGCAUGUGUCAGAUUUUCCUUGCCUUUUAAGGCUGAGAGACCACAUUUAUUUAUCCAUUCAUCCAUGAAUGGAUAUUUGGGCUGCUUCCAACUUUUAGCUAUUGUGAAUAAUGCUGCUGUGAACAUGGGUUUAUGUUUUUGCCCUUUUUUUUAAAGCUAUUCAAUGUGAUCUUUUUAGGAUAGGAGUAAUGGCAGUGAGCUUGCUGGGUGACAAAAGAUGUUUCAGUGGGGGCUGGGGAUGCAGAGAAGCGUACGGUACAGGAAACUGGCUGCACCGGGGGAGCUGGCACCAGGCUGCCAGACAGGCAGACAUUCAGGAAGCUGGUGAUGCUCUCAGCAGCUAGAAAGGAGAGCAUCAGCUGGGAGAGGUGGGGGUCCAGGAGUGAGAGGAGUGCAGUGGCCCAGCACUGAGGUCCACUGGAGGCCAGCUGUGUACAUACCUUCCAGGGCUCACGCAGGUCUAACGCUGGGCCCAGAGACAUGAGAGGGCUGCAACAUCCAGGCCUAGGCCAAGACCUCAGCCCAGAAGCUAACAGCCUUUGAGUACUGGGUGGCCAGGAGCCAAGGGUAGAGAUGCCUGGCCUGGUCCUGGCCUCUAGCCAGCCCUGUGGUCCUGGGGCCAUGGGAGAGGGAAAAAGCCAGCUUGGGCCCACUGUGUCUUCAGAGCUGUCUUCCUCAUUGUCCCAGGGGCCCAAAGAUCAUUUGUAUCCCCAAGUGAGCUCCCCCUGUCCCCUCCCUGCCCCAGCUCCACCUUAGGGGCCUGCAAGUGGAUGCCACACUGCAGGUGUCCACAGCCAGGAGGGCAUCAUGCUGCCUAGCACCAGCACACAGUAUGGCAGAUGGGAGGAGCACCUAACCCCAGGCCUGACACCCUCCCUGCCCAGGCUCACCCCACCCAUGGAAAGACAGAGGGGCAGAGUCCUCAGGCUUCCAGCUCCCUCACCCUAACCACACCCAAGGGUCAGGUUGGCUGAACCCAGCAGGAGAGGGCACCCACACUGGACCUCCAGUCUCUGGGGGUAGGGGGAGGUGUUGGCUCCCUGGGGUCUGCCCCUUCCCCCAGACUGCCACCUAGGUAGAGAUAAGGCUUAGAGUUCAAAGAUCAGAGUGGGAGCCAGCAGGGAGUGGAAGUGCCAGGAACCACAGCCUCCCCCACCCUAGCUGGGCCCAGAGUUCAGGAUCCUGCCUCAACCUCUUCCUGACCCCAAGAGCCCCAGGCCAGGUGGUGGCCAGGACCAAGGUCCUAGUCUUCUAGUUUUCUUCCUGUUUGUCUGUGCUGGAGCUUUGGCCGUUUCCUGGGGAUUUUCCCUGGUGGGCUGAGGGGGGAGCAUGACUCAGCAUAUGCAUUUAGGUUCCCUCAGACUCCAGCCUGUUAGUCCCCAGAGAGGACACAGGCCAGGACCUGGGAGGAGAGAGCACUAGGUCCCCAGCCCCGGGAGCAGCGGGGAAGGGGCAGAGUGUGGGCUGGGAUGGCCAUUUGUGGCUGUGGGGGCAUCCCUGCACCUCUGCCACAGGUCCCCAGAAAGAAGUUCACAGGAGAGAAUGCCUCAGUCCCUGGGGGAACAGAGGGGGUGGCAGUCAGAGGAGCAGGUGCUCAGGCCGCCCACCCAGGGGAAGGGGGUGGGGGCCCAGCCCUUGCCCCCCCCCCCCAGACAAUGGCUCCACACCACCGACAGGGAGGAUCUGACGCUGGAAUGGUUAACCCGGGCACCUCCAGCAGCCAAUCACAGAGCCCUGCAGGAAAUACCUGGGAGAGGUCCUCCUGCUGGGGCGGGUAGGUAGAGCCCAGCCCCGUCUGGCCCCAGGCCACCUGAGCGGCCCUCAGCUGGCCCAGACUCACACAGCUUCCCCACAGCGGAGCCCUUUGGGGCCUGAGCAUGGCAAUCCUGGAGCAGUUCAAGCCAGGGCUGCUGCUGACCGUGCUGGUGAUGACAGCGACAGCAGCCCAGCCUGGCCAUCUGUGGAGCCUGCUCACCUCUAGCCAGGGCACUCUGGAUCUUGAGGCCCUGGGUGGCUUGUUAAAUACGCUGGCGGCCCGUGUGCACUGUGCUGACGGGCCGUGUGGAAAGUGCCUGUCUGUAGAGGAUGCCCUGGCCCUGGGCAGCCCUGAGGAGCCAGGUUUCCCCCCAGGGCCGGUCCUAACAUCCAGCUACAUCGCUCGCCUCAGCGCUGCCGCUGUCCUCUACCUCAGCAACCCAGAGGGCACUUGCGAGGACAUUCAGGCUGGCCGCUGGGCCUCUCACGCAGACCAUCUCCUGGCCAUGCUCGAGAGCCCUGGGGCCCUGACCCCAGGCCUGAGCCAGCUACUCCAGAGGAUCCAGGCUCAGACUGCCAGUCAGGCCACUGUGGAGGAGACCUGUGUAGACAUCCCUCAGCUGCUGGAGGAAGCAGCAGGGGCAGGGGCUCCUGGCAGCCCAGGCCAGGUCCUAGCUGUCCUGAUAGACCAUGUCAGAAGUGGGUCCUGCCUCCAUGCCCUGCCAAGCCCCCAAUACUUUGUGGACUUUGUGUUCCGGCAGCACAGUGGCGAAGCCCCCAACAUCACACUAGCCGAGCUGGCAGCUUUGAUGCAGCACCUGGGGGUGGGCAGAGAGUCCCAGGGUGACCACAGUGACUACAGUCAUCUGGGCAGGGGGACCAGCCACCAGGAUCCUGUCCUCCUUUCCACCCCUGACAACAGCUCCAGCAUGUGGGACACGGUGUGCCUCAGUGCAAGGGACGUGAUGGCUGUAUAUGGGGUGUCGGAGCAGGCUGGGGUGUCCCCUGAGGCCUGGGGCCAACUGAGUCCUGCCCUGCUUCAGCAGCAGCUGAGUGGGGCCUGCGGCCCUCAGAUCAGGCCCCUCAUCCAGGACCAGCUCAGCCAGACAGAGAGGUAUCUGUAUGGCUCCCUGGCCACGCUGCUCAUCUGCCUCUCUGCGGUUUUUGGCCUCCUGCUGCUGACAUGUGCUGGCUGCAGUGGGGUCACCCACUAUGUCAUGCAGACCUUUCUGAGCAUGGCAGUGGGUGCUCUCACCGGCGAUGCCCUUCUGCACCUGACACCCAAGGUGCUGGGGCUGCACACGCACAGCGGGGAGCACAGCGGGGAGGGCCUCAGCCCACAGCCCACCUGGCGCCUCCUGGCCGUGCUUUCUGGUCUCUACGCAUUCUUCCUGUUUGAGAACCUCUUCAACCUCCUGCUGCCCAGGAACCCAGAGGAUCCGGAGAAGGAUGGGCCCUGCAGCCACGGCGGCCACAGCCACAGCGGCCACAGCCACGGUGUGCCCCUGCAGCUGGCACCCAGCGAGCUCAGGCAGCCCAAGCAGCCCCAUGAGGGCUCCCGCGCAGAUCUGGUGGCGGAGGAGAGCCCGGAGCUGCUGAACCCGGAGCCCCGGAGACUGAGCCCAGAGCUGAGGCUGCUGCCCUAUCUGAUCACGCUGGGCGACGCCGUGCACAACUUCGCCGAUGGGCUGGCGGUGGGCGCCGCCUUCGCGUCCUCCUGGAAGACCGGGCUGGCCACCUCGCUGGCGGUGUUCUGCCACGAAGUCCCACAUGAGCUCGGGGACUUCGCGGCCCUGCUGCACGCGGGCUUGUCAGUGCGCCGCGCGCUGCUGCUGAACGCGGCCUCGGCACUCACGGCCUUCGCCGGCCUCUACGUGGCGCUCGCAAUCGGAGUCGGCGAGGAGAGCGAGGCCUGGAUCCUGGCGGUAGCCAUCGGCCUCUUCCUCUACGUGGCGCUCUGCGACAUGCUCCCGGCCAUGCUGAACGUGAGGGACCGGCGGCCCUGGCUCCUUUUUCUGCUACACAACGUGGGCCUGCUGGGUGGCUGGACUGUCCUGCUGCUGCUGUCGCUGUACGAGGACAACAUCACCCUCUGAUAUCCCUGGCCCAGUCUCAGGCCUUGGACGCUGACUGCCGGCUCUGGGCUAUCUCAGCCCCUAGACCCGCCCAGCACACCCAGACCUACUACCCAGUAACC